GUCGUAAACUGAUGUAUGUAACGGUUCUAGAAACUGCUCUAUGGUAGCACGUUUUUGCGCGCUUGAUUUUCUAUAAUCUAUGCUAUUAUGGCGACUUCGAUAGAUCGCGUUGCGCGGUAUUGCGUGAUACGAUUGUUGAUUUCCGUUAUAAUAUGGCAAAAGGUGAUAAAGAGUUAGAAAAACCUAUAGUGAAUAAUGAAUUACCUAAUCCGGAGUGCCGGAGCACGGACCAUGAAGAUUCGGAAUCGGCACAAGAGCAGCCUCUCGAUAUCGGAGAGCAUUAUUUGGUGCGGCGUUCGGAUGAGUCAUGGCACCCGGCUGAGAUUAUACAGACGCGAUACAAUGCCACGGAGGGCUGCUACGAAUAUUAUGUGCACUAUGUCGGCUACGAUAGAAGGCUCGAUGAAUGGGUAUCCCGACACAGGGUUAUGUCAGAUAGAUUCGACAUGUGCGAACAGUCGAAUAAUAACAUAAACUGUGACCACCUUCUCACUGAUAAAUCCGGCCGGAAAAUAACAAGGAACCAAAAACGUAAACAUGAUGAAAUCAAUCAUGUUCAGAAGUCUUACGCCGAGAUGGACCCGACGACGGCAGCGCUUGAGAAGGAGCACGAAGCUAUCACUAAAGUAAAAUACAUCGAUAGAAUCCAAUUCGGCAAAUACGAGAUAGACACAUGGUACUUCAGUCCUUAUCCUGACGAGUACGGCAAGCAGUCUAAGCUUUGGAUAUGCGAAUACUGUUUGAAAUACAUGAGAAUGGAGAAAACUUACAGGUAUCACCUGAGCGAGUGUACAGCGCGACAACCACAGGGUAGUGAGAUAUACAGGAAGGGAACAAUAGCUAUAUUUGAAGCAGAUGGCAAAGAGCAUAAAAUCUACUGUCAAAAUCUUUGUUUACUUGCUAAAUUGUUCUUAGAUCACAAAACUUUAUAUUUUGAUAUAGAGCAAUUCUUAUUUUAUAUACUGUGUGAAGUUGACAAGCAAGGAGCCCAUCUUGUUGGAUAUUUCUCUAAAGAGAAGGACUCCCCAGAAGGGAAUAAUGUGGCAUGUAUACUGACUCUACCUCCUUAUCAGAGACAAGGUUAUGGUAAGCUACUUAUAGCAUUUAGUUACGAGUUGUCCAGACUUGAACAUGUAGUGGGUAGUCCAGAAAAACCAUUAUCAGAUUUGGGCAAAUUGAGUUAUAGGUCUUAUUGGUCUUAUGUCUUAUUAGAAGUGUUAAGUGUGAGUAGAGGCACAUUGAGCAUCAAAGAUUUGAGUUCAAUGACUGGAAUAUCUCAAACAGAUAUAAUUUCUACAUUACAGUCAAUGAAUAUGGUAAAGUAUUGGAAAGGCCAGCAUGUUAUAUGUGUUACACCAAAAAUAGUUGCGGAACAGUUGGCUAGUUCACAUUUCAAGAAGCCUCGUUUGUCUGUAGACCCUUCUGCAUUAAGAUGGACGCCUCCACACAAGCAGGGUAAUUCAACUAAGGCAAAAAAGUAGUACAGGCUAACAGGCACAGCUUAGAGAAACUGAAUACUAAGUCCCACUCAUAGGUAUUCUUCUAAGCGUUGGCCUGUUUGUAAAGAAUUCAUUAAAUAACUGUUUAUAGAAUGUAAAUUUAACAUCUCUGAAGUGUAUGUUGCCAUUCAAAUUUAUGCCUUUUGAGCAAUGUUACAGAUUUUUCUUAGAAAUUAUUAUAUUAAAAAAUCUUGUUCAGUCCAAUUAAGAUCUUAAUAAUGUUUAUUAAACAUAAACUUCAUCAGUACCUAGAUGCUCUUUGAAGCUUGCAGUAAUCUUGACGGGAUGUUAAAACUACAUCCUAAGCAUUGUAUAGAAAUUGCUAGAGUAUUAUAAGUAAGAUUAAAAAUCAUAUUUGCUUUAAGAAAAUCAAAUGUUCUGUGUCAUUUGUUGUAUGUGGAGAUAGGUUUAUAAAUUCUUAAGGUAACCAGUAAAGGAAUAAAGCAUUUGAAAGUUUAGGAUAAAAAAA